AUGAACCUGCCCGUGCACGGCGUGACGCGCCGGACGGGUGUGCUAGCCUGUCUCGCCGUCGUCUGUUUGCUACUGCUAGCCCACUCGUCCGCUUCCUCGCGCCCGCUCAUCCCGCUCCCGCAGGCAGUACGCUUCCGAGCGACUUCCACACUCGCUCGCUACCUCGCACACCCAUCAGAAAGACCCGCCCUGCCCCUCGUCUCGUCCAUCUCCUCGUUCUCCUUCUCUUCCUCACCUCCUUCUCAGCCCGUCAACGUUUCCAUCUGCGCCGUCCCGACACACGAAGAGCAAUACCUACCCGAAUGGAUCACGUGGCACCGGUUGGUCGGGGUCGAGCGGUUUUACCUCUUCGACAAUAGCCCGAGUAGGAGGAUGCGGAGGCUGCUGAAGCCGUGGAUUGACGAGGGCAGCGUCGUGUUGUACGAGCUACACUACAAGGACGGAACCGACAUUGGCGCGAUCUAUCAACAACACGUCCUCCGCCUGUGCGAGAAGGACGUCCUCCCUCACACGAACUGGGCCUCACACCACGACGUCGACGAGUUCCUACUUGUCGACGCACCAGGCUGGUCCUCUCCCCUUCCUACGCCCCUCCCCCCUCCUCCUUCGUCAUCCAACUCGACCGCACCCGUGACAAGAUGGACCUUCCCCCUCCACGCUCGAUUCAACGAGAUCCUCCAUCGCGCGACGUGUGUCCCGAUCCUGCGUCUACCGUUCCAGAACUACGGUGUGCGGGAACUAGGCUGGGUGGAGUCGGUGGUCGAGCGGCAGACGGUGAGGGAUAAGGUGGACCCGAACUUUCAUACGUACGGGAAGAUCUUCCUCCAUUCCGCGCAGCAAGCCAAACGUGCUUCCUGGAUGGGUCCUCACUCGUGCAAAGCCCUCCCCGGCACGUUCGUACUCGACUCGCACGGCAAGCGCAUCGUGAGCGAGGAGGGGAUCUACCCCUUCAACGGGCUUGCGCUGCCGCAGGAGAGUUUGCGGUUGUUCCACUACGUCCAGCGCUCGCUCGAGGACUGCAGGAGCAAGUACCGCGUGCUCGCCAACACGCCCAACGACUGGCGAACGAAAGACGGCCUGACAGGUUGCGCGCGCAACUAUGUCCCUCUCGACUCGGAACUCGCGACGCCUGAAGGACGAGAUGAGCUGGCCGCCCUCGUCGCUACCGACUCGGAGGAAGAGCGCAAAGCCCUACUCGACCGCCCGACAAGCUGGUGGGAGCUCUUCGAGCGGGAUACGGCGGCACGGGAUAGCUGGCAAGGACGGAUGACGCGGGCUGUGUUGGCCGAGUGGCGGGCGAGGGGAAAGAGGGAGGGCGUGUGGUGGUGGGAGGAGGGGGUGGCGGAUGAGGAGCUCGAUGCGAUGGAGGGCGUCAGGGUCGUGAGGGAUAUUGAGCGGGCCAUCAUGGGUGCAUAG